UACUUUCUACCGAACUCCAAUCAAGAUGGGCAUAGGCUGGGGGGUACGAAUACCACUAUGGAUACCAAUAUUAGUGAUCACCUUUAUGCAGAACAAAGUCAAAGCGCAAUAUGAGGACCAACAAGCAAAUUAUGAUGACUAUAAUUAUGUCCAGCAGGGACAAGACUAUUUUUCUGUACCAGUAACAAAACCACAAGAAGUGACAAUCAUCCAACCAUUGAGAACGACGCUGCCUGUAAAGCCUGGCAACCCUGCUCACAAUGGACGUGUGUGCAGCACCUGGGGAAACUUCCACUUCAAGACCUUUGAUGGGGACAUCUUUCACUUCCCUGGGCUCUGCAACUAUGUCUUUGCAUCCCACUGCAAAUCUUCCUACGAGGACUUCAACAUCCAGAUCAGGCGCACUGUGCUGGAAAGCUCUCCUGUGAUCAGCCAUAUCACCCUGAAGCUUGACGGAAUGGUGAUUGAACUGACCUCAGACUCCAUUGUGGUCAAUGGCAAUCUAAUUCAGCUGCCUUUCAGCCAGUCAGGAAUCCUGAUAGAGAGAAGUAGCGAAUAUUUGAAAAUCACUGCCAAGAUGGGCCUGGUCUUCAUGUGGAACCAACUGGAUGGCCUUCUGGUGGAACUGGAUAAGAAAUAUGCCAAUCAGACCUGUGGGCUUUGUGGGGACUUCAAUGGCAUUCCAAUUUACAAUGAGUUCACAUCAAACAGCAUCGAGCUGACUGACGUGCAGUUUGGGAAUAUGCAGAAGAUGGAUGGACCCACAGAGCAAUGCGAGGAUCCUACAUCUUCUUCUCUUUCAAACUGCUCUAAUGAAUUUAGUGCUAUCUGCCAGACAGUAUUGACUGGGGAAGCGUUUGUUAGCUGCAAUGCACUGGUGGGCGUUCAAGACUAUAUUGACUCUUGUGUACAAGACUUGUGCCGCUGUAAUGAGUCUAUGCGUGAUUUCUGCAUCUGUAACACCUUUGCUGAAUACUCCCGGCAGUGCGCCCAUGCUGGUGGACAACCUCUGAACUGGAGAACUAAUGAACUGUGCAACAAGACAUGCCCUUAUAACAUGCAGCACGAGGAAUGUGGCUCCCCCUGUGCUAACACCUGCACCAAUCCUGAAAGGUCAGCCCUCUGUGAAGAUCACUGUACCGAUGGCUGCGUCUGCCCCUCAGGAACCGUGUUUGAUGACAUUAACAACUCUGGCUGUAUCCCUCUCAGUGAGUGCCCCUGUACCUACAAAGGUGAAACGUAUAGUCCAGGUGCUUCUUUUGCAUCCCAGUGCACUUCAUGUACCUGUACUGGAGGCCAGUGGAAUUGUGUCAGCCGUUCCUGCCCUGGGACUUGCUCCAUUGAAGGAGGUUCUCACAUCUCCACAUUUGAUGAGAAACGUUAUUCCUUCUUUGGAGAUUGUAGCUAUAUACUGACGAAGCUCUGUGACAGCGAUGCCUUCACUGUUCUAGGAGAAGUUCGCAAAUGUGGCCUAACCGACACUGAGACAUGCCUGAAAGGUGUAGCCAUCAGCAUAAGUGGAGGACAAACUAUUGUUGUGAUCAAAUCUUCUGGCAGCGUGUUUGUGAAUACGAUCUACACCCAGUUGCCAUUCUCUGCAGCCAAUGUCACUAUCUUCAGGCCGUCAUCAUUCUUCAUCAUUGUACAAACAAACUUUGGGCUUCAGGUUCAGAUGCAGCUUGUACCCAUCAUGCAACUCUUUGUAAACGUGGACCCGUCCCACAAAGGGCAGACAUGUGGUCUUUGUGGAAACUUCAACAAUAUCCAAACAGAUGACUUCAAAGCCACAAGUGGCAUAGUGGAAGGAACAGCAGCCGCUUUUGCCAAUACCUGGAAAACCCAGGGUGACUGUCCUGAUGUCAAAAACAUCUUUGAGAAUCCCUGUACCCUCAGCAUAGAAAAUGAAAAAUAUGCUCAGCACUGGUGUGGACUGCUGACUGAUACUCAAGGACCUUUUGCUGAAUGCCACUCAACAGUGAAUCCAGAUGUUUACCACACGAACUGUCUGUUUGACACCUGUAACUGUGAAAAGAGUGAGGAUUGUAUGUGUGCUGCCCUCUCUACCUAUGUCAAAGCCUGUGCUGCCAAAGGAGUCCUGUUGAAUGGAUGGAGGACCAAUGUCUGCACCAUAACCUCGUGCCCCAAAUCCCUGGCGUACAGCUAUGUUGUCAAUUCCUGCCAACCCACUUGCCGAUCUUUGAGUGAGCCCGAUGUCACAUGCAACAUCAAGUUCACUCCAGUUGAUGGCUGUACCUGUGCAAAUGGAACUUACAUGGAUGAAAAUGGCAAAUGUGUGCCUGCUACUAGCUGUCCUUGUUAUUACAAAGGAUCUGUGCUACCUUCUGGAGAGGUUGUUCACGACAAUGGUGUCAUAUGCUCUUGCAUACAUGGAAAGCUGGACUGCGUUAGAGUGAAACCAGAACCAGUCUGUGCAGCUCCCAUGGUCUACUUUGACUGCAGCAAUGUCACCGCAGGCACAGUUGGAUCCGAGUGCCAGAAGAGCUGUCAGACUCUUGACAUGGGAUGCUACAGCACACAGUGCGUCUCUGGCUGCAUGUGCCCUAAUGAUCUAGUGUCAGAUGGCAAAGGUGGCUGUAUACCUGUUGGGGAAUGUCCAUGUGUUCACAAUGAGGCCUCCUACAAUCCAGGAGAAACAAUCAAAGUCAACUGUAACACCUGCACUUGUAAAAACAGAAUGUGGCAAUGCACCAAUGAAUCUUGCCUGGCAACCUGCUCUGUUUAUGGAGAUGGUCAUUACAUUACUUUUGAUGGCAAACGCUUCAGCUUUAGUGGAGAUUGUGAAUACACUCUGGUCCAGGAUUACUGUGGUAAGAACAGUACCAGUCUUGGAACCUUCCGAGUUAUCACAGAGAACAUGCCCUGUGGAACCACUGGGACCACUUGCUCAAAGGCCAUUAAAGUCUUCCUAGGGAACUAUGAACUGGUAUUCAGUGAUGGAAAGUUUGAAGUGAUAGAGAAGGCCCGUGGAGGGGAAGUGCCAUACAAGGUCCGUUACAUGGGCAUCUACAUGGUGAUUGACACCGACACUGGACUGAUUCUCAUGUGGGAUAAGAAAACCAGCAUAUUCAUCAAGCUCAGCCCAGAUUUUAAGGGUCAGGUCUGUGGCCUGUGUGGGAACUAUGAUGGCAAUGGCAUUAAUGACUUUACCACCAGAAGUCAGUCUGUGGUAGAAGACGUGCUGGAGUUUGGAAACAGCUGGAAGGUGUCUCCUACUUGCCCAGAUGCCAAAGGCAACAAGGAUCCUUGCCGUGCAAACCCUUACAGGAACUCUUGGGCCCAGAAGCAGUGCAGCAUAAUCAACAGCAAAGUAUUCUCUGCCUGUCACUCUCAGGUUGAACCAAAUGAAUAUUAUGAAGCAUGUGUGACUGAUGCAUGUGCCUGUGACACUGGGGGAGAUUGUGAAUGUUUCUGUACAGCAGUAGCUUCAUAUGCUCAAGCAUGUAAUGAGGCUGGGAUUUGUGUUGCAUGGAGAACCCCAUCUAUCUGUCCUCUGUUCUGUGAUUACUACAACCCGCAAGGAGAAUGUGAGUGGCACUACAAGCCUUGUGGGUCCCCUUGUAUGAAGACCUGCAGGAACCCAAGUGGAAAAUGCCUUCAUGAGUUACAAGGCUUGGAAGGCUGCUAUCCAAAGUGUCCAGAGAACAAGCCCUAUUUUGAUGAAGAUGAUAUGGAGUGUGUCAAACAAUGUGGCUGUUAUGAUACCAAGGGAAAAUAUUACAAGCCAGGAACACCCAUUCCUUCAGAAGAGAACUGUCAAUCAUGUGAAUGCACAAUGAAUGGCAUUAAGUGUGAAUAUGAUGAAGAUGAAUGCCACUGUACAUAUGAUGGAAAGCAAUAUCAGUAUGACGAUGUCAUCUACAACACUACAGAUGGUAUUGGCGGGUGUAUCAUUGCAACUUGUGGUCACAAUGGAACAAUUGAUAGAAAAGUCUAUGCAUGUUCUACACCCUUAACCACAACACCAUUUUCAUUUUCCUCUUCAACACCUAUAUCCACCACUACAGUGACACCAACUACAUCAGUCUGUGUUCGUGAAGUAUGCCAGUGGUCACAAUGGUAUGAUGUGAGCUAUCCAGGGUCUGGGAUCAACGAUGGAGAUUUCGACACAUUUGAUAAUUUAAGAGCCAAAGGUUACAAAGUUUGCAAAGCUCCAAAGGCUGUUGAAUGCAGAUCUGAGAAGUUCCCUAACACACCAUUAAGUGAACUAGAGCAAAAAGUAGAAUGUAGUACAACAAUGGGACUAAUAUGUUAUAAUAAGGAUCAGCAUCAAAUGAUCUGCGACAACUUCCAGAUAAAAAUAUUAUGCUGUAGCUUUGUACCAUGUGAAUAUACAACUCCUGCUACCACAACACCUGCGGAGACUACAACACCCAUCACAAAAACGACCACUUCAGAAACUACUGUAACCAGUAUAUCUUCAACAACUACAGCACUACCUACUACCACAGAACCUAAAACAACUACUCUUUCAACAAGUACCAUGACCUCCAAAACUCCUUCAACAACUCCAGUCACAGAAACAAUGAGUGUGUCAACUUCAACUCUUAGAACCACAGCUCCAUCAACAACAAUCCCUGAAACAACUGCUAGCCCUUCAACAGAAACUGUAUAUACUACAGGAGAAAUCACAUCCGUAACACCUUGUAAACCAAAAUGCAACUGGUCUGAAUGGUAUGAUGUCCAUUUGCCCAGCCUGGACAAUAAAGGAGAUUCUGAAACAUAUGAUGAUAUUAGAGCAGCAGGAAAAAUGAUCUGCAGCAAACCUGAAAAUAUACAAUGUCGAGCCGAGAAGUUCCCAGAAAAAUCAAUUGAUAACAUUGACCAAAUUGUCCAGUGCAAUGUAUCCUUUGGACUUGUCUGCAGGAAUGAAGAUCAGGAAGGAGUGCUCCAAAUGUGUUAUAACUAUCAAAUAAAAGUAUUGUGCUGUGAUGAUUUUAGUCAUUGCCCAUCCAGAUCCACUACUACAGAAACAACAACAACUGCAGGCACAACUAUUGUUUCAACAGAACCUUCCACCCAGACUCCUACAACUACAGAAACUACAACUUCAACCAUAAGAACUACACCUUCAACCACCACCACAACAGAAACCACAACCAAAGAAGUUAAAACAACUACUCCUUUAACAACCACCCCUAUCGAAACUACAACAACCACAACUACACCUUUCACUACCACAACCACAGAAACUAUAACUACUCCAGGCACAUCCAUUGUUUCAACAGUAACUUCCACCCAGACUCCUACAACUACAGAAACUACAACUUCAACCAUAAGAACUACACCUUCAACCACCACCAGCAUAGAAACUACAGCAGUCACAACUACACCUUUCACUGCCACAACCACACAAACUACAACCACCACAGGUACUAUGACCAUGACAACUCGUCAAACUACUACUACAAUACCAACCACUACUCCCAUAACCGCAACACCAAUUCUGGACACUUUUACUACUACAACUACUUCACCAACCAAUACUCAAACCACCACCACUGAGUUUACCACAAUAGUAAAUAAAACCACUACACUAACAACCACUGAAACCACCACUGCUGCAACUGCUACACCUAUUUCAACAACAAAACCUACAUCAUCAAUAACAGUAACAACUACUCCAGCAAUAACCACAAUCUCAGAAACUACAACAGCUGUGACAACUGUUCCUCUAACAACUGCUGGUUGUAUUAAAGAACUAUGUGAAUGGUCACAAUGGUAUGACAUAAGUUACCCAGGGUCUGCUAUCAAUGAUGGAGAUUUUGAUACAUUUAAGAAUAUAAGAGCCAAAGGAUACAAAGUAUGCAAAGCUCCAAAGGCUGUGGAAUGCAGAGCAGAAAGAUUCCCUAACACACCAUUGAAUGAGUUGGAGCAAAAAGUAAUAUGCAGUAAAACAGAAGGGCUGAUAUGUUACAACAAAGAUCAACUUCCACCAAUCUGCUAUAAUUACCAGAUCAAAAUUGAAUGUUGCCAAAAUGUAAUUGUAUCAUGCCCACCAACCACCCCAGCCACUACAACAACAGUAACAACCACCCCAGCCACUACCCCAAUUGUAACAACUACCCCAGCCACUACAACAACAGUAACAACCACCCCAGCAACUACCCCAAUUGUAACAACUACCCCAGCCAUUACCCCAAUAGGAACAACCACCCCAACUACUACUCCAAUAGAAAGAACCACCUCAGCUACUACACCAAUAGUAAAAACCACCCCAGCCACAACAACGACAGUAACAACCACCCCAGCCACUAAAACGGCAGUAACAACCACCCCAGCCACAACAACGACAGUAACAACCAGGACAACAGCAACCACAAAAAAAAUUAUUACCCAUAUAAAGACAACUAAUACACCUCGAACCGAACCUAUACAAAAAGAAACGACUAAAGGAACAUCAAGUACAACUAAAGAAACCACAUUGGUGAGUAAAACAACACCAGAAAGAACUCCAGUCACAACAACAUCAACAAUCUCCACAACACUGCCAAAUACCACAAUUGUAGAAACCACAACUAGUGAAGCAACCCAAAGCACAGUCACUACAGGUAGCACCACUCUACCUACCACAGAAAUCCCCACAACAUCGCCCAUACCCACAACUCCAAGAACAACCACUUCCUCAACUACAAAGUGUCAACCAACAUGCACAUGGUCCAAAUGGUUUGAUGUUGAUUUUCCCUCUUCUGGACCUAAAGAAGGAGACAUGGAAACCUAUAACAACAUAAGGGCAGCAGGAGAGAUAAUCUGCGCAAAGCCUGCAAAUAUUGAGUGUAGGGCAGAAAACCACCCAGACAUAAGCAUCGAUGAGGUUGGUCAAAUUGUGCAGUGCGAUGUCAAUUUGGGGCUAGUGUGCAAAAAUGAGGAUCAAAUCGGUAAAUUUAAAAUGUGUUUCAACUAUCAGAUACGUGUUUUGUGCUGUCAAGAAAACCUUAACUGCCCAACCCCAACCAGUAGUAUUGCAACCACAACUAUACGUACGCCACCAACUACAGUCACAAAAACCACCACUGAAGUCACAACUUCUACUAAACCACCAGGAACUACCACUGCUGAAACAACUCCAAUCACUACACCUAAAACAACAACCAGAAGCACAACGGGCACCACCUCUCUGCCUACCAAAGAAAUCACCACAACGUCAACGAUCUCCACAACACUGCCAACUACCACAUCCGUAGAAGCCACGACUAGUGAAGCAACCCAAAGCACAACCACUACAGGUAGCACCACUCUACCUACCACAGAAAUCCCCACAACAUCGCCCAUACCCACAACUCCAAGAACAACCACUUCCUCAACUACAAAGUGUCAACCAACAUGCACAUGGUCCAAAUGGUUUGAUGUUGAUUUUCCCUCUUCUGGACCUAAAGAAGGAGACAUGGAAACCUAUAACAACAUAAGGGCAGCAGGAGAGAUAAUCUGCGCAAAGCCUGCAAAUAUUGAGUGUAGGGCAGAAAACCACCCAGACAUAAGCAUCGAUGAGGUUGGUCAAAUUGUGCAGUGCGAUGUCAAUUUGGGGCUAGUGUGCAAAAAUGAGGAUCAAAUCGGUAAAUUUAAAAUGUGUUUCAACUAUCAGAUACGUGUUUUGUGCUGUCAAGAAAACCUUAACUGCCCAACCCCAACCAGUAGUAUUGCAACCACAACUAUACGUACGCCACCAACUACAGUCACAAAAACCACCACUGAAGUCACAACUUCUACUAAACCACCAGGAACUACCACUGCUGAAACAACUCCAAUCACUACACCUAAAACAACAACCAGAAGCACAACGGGCACCACCUCUCUGCCUACCAAAGAAAUCACCACAACGUCAACGAUCUCCACAACACUGCCAACUACCACAUCCGUAGAAGCCACGACUAGUGAAGCAACCCAAAGCACAACCACUACAGGUAGCACCACUCUACCUACCACAGAAAUCCCCACAACAUCGCCCAUACCCACAACUCCAAGAACAACCACUUCCUCAACUACAAAGUGUCAACCAACAUGCACAUGGUCCAAAUGGUUUGAUGUUGAUUUUCCCUCUUCUGGACCUAAAGAAGGAGACAUGGAAACCUAUAACAACAUAAGGGCAGCAGGAGAGAUAAUCUGCGCAAAGCCUGCAAAUAUUGAGUGUAGGGCAGAAAACCACCCAGACAUAAGCAUCGAUGAGGUUGGUCAAAUUGUGCAGUGCGAUGUCAAUUUGGGGCUAGUGUGCAAAAAUGAGGAUCAAAUCGGUAAAUUUAAAAUGUGUUUCAACUAUCAGAUACGUGUUUUGUGCUGUCAAGAAAACAUAAAUUGUCCUGAAACAACUUCACUUUUGCCAACAACGCCCACACGAGUAACCACUCCAAUUACUGCACGUACACAAACAGGAACAACAGAAGUAACCAUGACAACUACUCACUGCUUUUGCCACAUUCAGGACAAUGUUUUUGCACCUGGUGAAAUGAUUUACAAUGAAACAGACAAGGAUGGAUGUAAUUUUUAUGCCAUUUGUAGUAAAAAUUGUUCAGUGGAGCGAUUUAAGGGACAAUGUAAAUCAACAACUCCAGCAACAACAACUACACCUACACCUACAACGUCAACAUCUAUACCAACUAUGACUCCCACUGCAACAGUUAGUUCAACCACUAAAAUUGAGUGUCCUGAUGCUAAACCUCCCAGAAAGACAGGUGAAACAUGGAAGAUAUCCAACUGUACCACUGCAACUUGCGAGGGCAAUAACAAAGUUGUUAUACAGAAAGUGAAAUGCCCACCUGUCAAGAAUAUUACCUGCGCCAACGGAUACCCACCAGUAAAGGUCUUCAGUGAGGAUGGCUGCUGUUACCACUAUGAAUGUGAAUGUGUUUGUAGCGGCUGGGGUGACCCUCACUACAUUACAUUUGAUGGAAUCUAUUACACAUUCCUUGACAACUGCACAUAUACCCUGGUGAAGCAGAUUACCCCUAAAUAUGACAACUUCCGUGUUGACAUUGACAAUUACUUCUGCAAUGCGGAAGAUGGACUUUCCUGUCCUCAGUCCAUUAUUGUUUACUACAAGUACACAGUGGUAGUGCUGACACGUGAACUCUAUAAUGGAGUGAUGGCUAAUAAGAUUAUCUUCAAUAAAACAGUUGUCAACCCAGGCUUCCAGAAAGAUGGCAUUUCUAUUUACACGCUUGGCAUCAACAUGGUUGUUGAAAUACCUGAGAUUGGAGCAACCAUCACCUUCAGCGGGUUGAUCUUCUCAGUGAAACUCCCAUUCAGCAAAUUUGGCAAUAACACUGAAGGACAGUGUGGUACAUGCACGAACACCAAAACAGAUGACUGCCGCUUGCCAAGUGGUAAAAUUAUUCCUUCUUGUACCCAAAUGGCUCCCCAUUGGAAGGUUGAUGAUGGCAAGAAGCAAUACUGUGUAGGAACACCAACACCAGGACCCAGCAUCCCCACUCCAGCUCCCAGCUGUCCCCCGACUGCUCUUUGCAAGAUAAUUUUGAGCGAAGUCUUUGAAGAAUGCCACAAGGUGAUACCACCACAAGAUUUUUACAAGGGCUGUGUCUUUGAUGCAUGUCACAUGACCAAUACAUCCAUGCAGUGUUCCGGCUUGGAGAUAUAUGCCACUCUGUGUGCCACUAGAGGUGUUUGUGUUGACUGGAGAGGAGAGACCAAAGGCAAAUGCCCAUAUAACUGUCCAGUGGGCAAAGUGUAUAAACCAUGUGGGCCUCCUAAUCCUGCUACCUGUGAUUCAAGAGCUGUUCAACACAAUAGCACUGGCCUAACUGAAGGAUGUUUCUGCCCUGAAGGAAAGUUUCUCUUCAAUGCAAACAGCGGUGUCUGUGUCUCUGAUUGUCGUAACUGUAUAGGACCAGAUGGACUGCCCAAAUUACCUGGAGACCAGUGGAAAAGCAAUUGCCAGGACUGUGUUUGUGACCAGUACACUUUUACAGUGCAGUGUACAAAGCGCCCAUGUAAACCACUCCCACCAGUCUCUUGUGAUGACCCAGGGUUUGUACCUGUCCAGUCGCUGACACGAGAAGACCCAUGCUGUGGCCAGACUGAAUGCCGAUGUGACACUAGCAAGUGCCCCGAAUCAGUGGCCAGCUGUCAACCAGGAUACAAGUUAAUCCCAGAAGUAUUAAAUGGAAAUUGUUGUACUAUCUUCACAUGUAAGCUAAUACCAGGCUGUGUAACCAAUGGAACUUUCUACAUGCCUGGAGCUGUCAUUCCAAAAGGUACCUGUGAAAAGUGCACAUGCUCUGCCAAAGUAGAGCCAGAAAGUCAGAGAAACAUUGUUGACUGCCAGCCCAUUCCAUGUGACACGGGGUGCCCAGUGGGCUAUGAAUAUAAGAUGAAAACUGGACAAUGCUGUGGCGAGUGUGUACAGGACGCUUGUGUACUGAAGAUGGAGGAUAACACAAUCCAUGUGCUUAAGGCUGGAGAAGUCUGGCAUGAGCCUGGUAAUAACUGUACCUUCUAUAAAUGUGAACAAAUUGAGGAUCAGUUUAUUCCUGUCACUGUAAGGAAAGUCUGUCCACCCGUGUACCCAGAAAACUGCAAUCCUGCUGAUAUCAAGCUGAGUGAAGAUGGCUGCUGUAAAACAUGCAAACCACAGGAAAAAGUAGCUUGUAGCCUGCGUAGUACUCCCACUGUCAUCAGACACAAUGAAUGCAACUCUUCUGUGCCUGUGAAUCUAACAUACUGUGAAGGCAACUGUGAUACUUCUUCAAUAUAUUCCCCUGAGGCGAAUGUGAUGCAACACAAAUGUAAGUGUUGUCAGGAGGUCAAGACCAGCAAAAGACAGGUGACCCUGAGCUGCCCUGAUGGAAGCACCACUGAUUACUCAUACAUCCAUGUGGAGCAAUGUGAUUGUGCAGGCACGGAGUGCAUCCCCCAAACCACUCCCACCACUCCAUUGCAGGAGCAGGAGCAGCAGCAACAGGAACAGAUCCCAGCAAAACAGGCAGUCUCAAAAUCAGAAAAAUGAACCAAAACCAGGAAGAGUAGAAUAUAAACUGAAAUAAAUCUUUUCACUUUUUUUUCCUAAUAAUAAACAAGUAUCCAAAGCAGCUAGAAUCUUGGACAUACGGAUGAAAUUCCUAUCUACAUGCUAGAAAUUUCUGUUUCCUAAUUAUUUCAACUUCCAUUAUCAACGGAUCUCAUUGCUUUGAGUGUCUUCUUUUAACUUGAGAGGUGCAGGAUUAGGAAAUCUUAAGGUUUGUUUUUUCUCAGCGGUGCUGUACUGUAUGACUGACAGCUUUUCUUUCAAUAGAGUGGGGUGAGUGGAACUAUACUCUAACUAUUUCCACUGCACUUUUAGAAAGUCCUUGAUGUACAUUAUAGUCUCUUUUUGGCUUGAAAUUUUCCCUGUGGUGAUUCUGAUACUGACUGCCCAAGACCAACCAUAGACUAAACAUCACUGUAUUGUUAAUAAUUUUUCACUAGUCACGGUCAUUACACACCCACCUGACACUGACUAAUCAUUGCAUUGCAUUAGACAACUGUUAAAAUCCCUUUUGAUUCCAGUUCAGUUAGGCAGUGUCAACAAUUCAAGUCCAGGAAAAACAGACUAUCGCUCUCCCCUUCCUACCUUUUUGUUUGUUUGCUUGUUUGUUGUUUUAGCAUUAAAGAGAGUUUAGGUUGUAGAAACUGCAUUUUCUCAAACUUUAAAGAUACUGGGGGAGUUUGUGGUGUUGUAGGAAAGGAAGGAAGAAAGAAACACUAUCAUAUAAGGCUGCUGCAGAAUAUCCAAUGUUUACAUGAGAUCAUCAGCAUAGUAAAUGUAUGAAAAUUUGGAUCUUUGUAUUAUUUGUUUUUGGUUAACUGUUUACAGAAGAAAUAUAUUUUUGCCAACAGGGGUGUAUGAAGGAUUUUUGUAAACAAAAGUAAUAAUAGUAAUAUAAAUUCUUUCCUAGGAAGCUGAGCUUUUUUCCAAAAUGUUGUACCAUUGCUAUUUAUUUUGUUUCUGGGAAAAAUAAGUGCAUUGGACCAUUUCCCCCACAAUUAAUGUUGCCCCCAUUUUCUAGCGUCAGUGGGUAUCUGGUUGUGGGAUGUUUUCUUUUUCUAUUUUGUUUUGGGUUUUGUUUGUUUCUUAAGAGGAAAAAAAGUUAUGAUGAUUAAUAAACUUUUAGCAUUUUGCAA